CCAUGAAGACACUUGUCCUCCUCUCUGCUCUUGUCCUGCUGGCCUUCCAGGUCCAGGCUAACCCUAUCCAAGAGAGAGAUGAACAGACUAAAUCUGAGGAGCAGCCAGGAGAAGAGGGCCAGGGUGUCUUUUCUGAAGGCCCAGAAGGCUCUCCUAUUCAAGAUGCAGCCCAAGGAAGUCCUCAGCCGUGCCGAUGGUGCUUUUUCAAUUGCAACUGCAGACAGCUCUGA